AUAUUGGUUCGAUACCGAUUAUAUACUUGAAAAUUAGAUGAACGACGAGUCGGGCUCAGAACUGUUGCAAACGGCCGUCACUCUGGCGACACUCGCCAAUCCGUCCUUAAUGGCCGGUUGGCGAAGAGAGGAGGAGACCGCGAAAUUAGUGGACAGGACUUGUACGUUUUGUGGUAGUGUUCGUAAUUCUCCAGCUGAUUUGCAAAGGCACCUGAGAAAGCAUACAGGAGAGCGACCUUUCAAAUGCGAACGUUGUCCGAAGGCUUUUAAAGCUAAGAGGAGUUUACAGUACCAUCUGCAUUUGCAACACGCCGGUGAGGAUGAAGAUGAGGUUAUUAAGAAGAAAAUUAAGAGAGAAGAUCCCAAUUUGAGUUCAGAACAGCUGGAUGAGAUGUAUGACAGGAAAAUGUGCGGAUUUUGCGCAAAACGAUGCGAAGAUAGACAAGAUUUGCUGUCGCAUGUCCGUCUACAUAUCGACUCUUCUUCGGAUUUUGAUGGGUUGAUCGAAGAAACGGAAAGCUCAUCUGAAGAAUCAACGGCGGACGGUGAAAGCGUCGAUUUUGGUGACGAGAAUGAAGUAAGCGGAGUAGAAGCGGAAAUUUCCAGCGACGUUUUAUAUGUGAAAACCGAUACGAAAUUUAACGAACGCAUAAGAUUGCAAAGGGAGACUGUAGUAGUUAGUCGUUUGGAUGGCUUGACCGAUUCGGGUAGAAAAGUCACCUUAUUCAGAUGUCAUCUUUGCGGAAGGAUACAGGGAUCAUUAAGAUCACUUCAUUCUCAUCUCGCUAUCCAUUCCGGAAAGACAGAAAUUGGUAAAAACAAAGAGGAAGCUGAAGACAGUGGUUCAGGUUCUAUCACAGUACCGGAAAAUUACAAGCCUGAUUCAGUGGUAGUCAAAAUUGUGGAUGGAGAGGAGGUAAAAUAUUCUAGAUAUAACGGCGCGUUCGUCUGCAGAUUCUGCCCGAAAGCCUUCUAUCGAUUAUUCAGUUUGCAACGUCACGAACGUACGCAUACGGGUCAUAAACCGUGCUCUUGUCCAGUUUGUUGCCGAAAAUUUUCGGAACCCAGAAAUUUACGGGCCCAUAUGCUAAGGUUUCACGAAGGUCACGAACACUGUUUACCGGCAAACAGCCGACAAACAAGUCAGCGGCUGGCCCCUGUUUCGAAUGAUAUGCUUAAAAAGACUGAGAAUGGCAGGGAAGAGAAGGAUGAAGAUGGGGAGGUGGAAAAAGUGGCAUCGAGCGUUACUUUAUCGCGUCUAAUCAGACCGCAGAUUUCGUCUCUUCCAUUAGCUGCAGCGCCGUUCUUUACGACUUUGGGCUCGCAUUUCCCCUACGCUCUACCACUCGGCAUUAACGCCGAUAAUCCGCUGCUGAAUUACAUCGCAUCAGCGACAUCCGUUUCAACGCCAGUUUCAACUACUGUUAGUUCAACGGCAAGUCAGCAAGAUGCUAUUUCUGUUUCGAAGAGUUCUUCGCUAUCCAAGACGCAUUCGAGACUAAACGUCGUUAGGACGCCAGUAAGCCGAGAGGAUGCUUGUAAACCCAUCCAGAUGUCGGAUGGCAGAACAGUCUUCAGAUGCACCUAUUGUAAUAAGGAUUUUGGUUCUUAUUCAGACAUAAAUCGCCAUAUGGAUUUCCACGAAGAUGUGCGCCCGUACAAAUGCAAAUUUUGCGAUUAUUUCGCUAGAACUAAUAGUCAACUGAAGGUGCACUUAAUGAGGCACCAAGGCUUAUAUAAAUAUAGCUCACCCCACGAUUCAACGGUUUAGUCAUGAUGUUUACCCUUGGUCUCUUUCUUUUUCUAUUAUCAUUAUAUCAGAGGAUUUCUCUGGCUAAGGACGUUAAAUGAUUAAUGAUUAUCUCUUUAGAAGAAUAACCUCAUACUAAUUUGUUCUUUGAAGAAUUAUAUACACUAGGAUAGUUAUAAAGAUAUAAAACAUGGUGUAGUAGAUAAAUAUAAACAUCUAAUUGAUAAUCACAUCUAUUUUCUAUUUUAAAUACUUAAAAAGAUGAUAGAAAGUUUAUAAUGAAGAGAAUUUCGCAAUAUUUUCCUAAAACAUCACACGCCAUCUAUCGAGGGAAAGCAAUUGUAUAUCACCUUAAGCAGAAUGAUAAGAUAUUCAUAUAUUCAUUUAUUACUAUUAUAUUUAGUAUAUAUUAUUUAUAAAUAUUAAUCCAAUAAUUUUGACGUAACUAUUACUCGAUUUUGUAGUAUAAUCCAUUAAUAAUUAAUGAAUUUCUCAUUAUAAAAAUGCAUAUUAUUUUAAUAUUUACAG